AUCUUGCGAAGACGCUUUCACAAGACUCCUCUCAUGAAGUCAUAUCUUAUGUUUCGGGUCUUUCUCUGCUUGACCAUGGACGCCACGUCAAGAAUUUCUCCCAGGUUUCAAGACAUGCGGCAACAUUCUCAAGGCCUCCCUCCGCACUACCUGGAUCCGAGCUGAACGAGGCUGUGUAAACCUACCGAGAGCCUUCGGAGCAGCGCUUGGAGCGAGAUGGUACCUCAUUGAGGGGGGACGGACGCAAUGGGCACGGCGAAAGCCAUGACCUGAUGAUGAACUCGAAGCGCUGUAUCUGGUCUUCCUGCCAUGUAGGAUUGCCGCUGGGAUAUGGGAGCAGGGUAGUUUUUAUAGUAUGAUAAAUAUUCUGAUAAUUAUAAUUUUAGGUUCUUCUUUGCAGCUGUUGGAGGCAGAGCAGAACAACGCAAAUGCGGGCAGUUGGUCCAGCCAGAGGCGCUCGGAUGAGAUUCGGCCCGAGGGUCCCGGAGGGAAAGCCUUGUGAUGUUUUGACUUGUCGAUCUGGAGUUGACCUCUUCUUUACCGUCUGCACCACCGUCGACCGGUGCCGCGAGCGCCCUUAUUGCUGUAUAUAUGUUAUCACAAUGCAACACAUCUAUGUGUACACUCGAUAUGCUUUCGUCGGUCUUUUCCUCGUUUUCAACGCCAUCAAUGCUAGUGUCUCUGUCUGGAAUCUCAGUCUUAUACAAUUAAUAGGCCUAACAUAUCCUCUUGAUAUCUAUUUAACGGUCGUUGGUGCUUGCGGGCUUGCGAUGUCCUUCUUGAUUGUUUUUGUCGAAGCUGCAUACGACAAUCCUAUAACAGGACGUGUAUGGUUUGAAUGUGCAUGGGUCGGGCUAUUCCUCGUAAUGAAUUUUUGUGGUGCCGUCGCACUGUCGGCUUUAAAUCCUGCAUUCUGUACAUCUGAUGCGCGCCGUCAAAUCGGUGAUAUUGGAUGUGUAUCAAAUCGAGUUAUCCUAGCUUUCUCAUGGAUCACCAUCAUGCUUUUGUUCGGAUACUUUACUAUGUUGGCCAUAACUUGUCUUAUUCGGCAGAAGACGAAUACAAAGAUAUGGCAAUAUCACAUUCGUGACCUCGAUACUCCCAGCAGCCACCUGCCAAGCCCGCCCGCAUCUCCAACAAUACCUUAUUUCCGUAAUGCUAUCGUUGCACCCCUGCCUCGACGACCAGGACCUCCCGUAAAUAUGAUGAGAGGCCUCGAUUCAUCGUACGAUGUGGAAGCAUAUGAACCGCAACUAGCGAGGGCCCCAAGGAACAAUUUCGCAUCACAGCCCAUGUUCUCAACAAGCAAUCAAGCUGCCGUGACUUGCCUAUAUCCGCAAUACAUCCAGUCAUGUAUGGUGACACCUUCUCGUAUGCAGACGCAGGAACCACCAUGUUCACAGCCGAAUAAUACUCCUCCUCCACCACUCGGUGAUUGGCCCAGAGCCGAUAUCCUUUCAAGACCUUUACGUGCUGUGCACAAACAGUCGCGGCGAGAACCGCUUCCAGACCCAGAUGAUGCAUAUGGGUCAACUCGAACUCCACAUCGACUACGACCGACGGGGCCUAGGAUCCCAUCGACCCGUACCCGCCCGCCACAGCUGGAUCUGCACGUCACGUCGCCUACCAAAGGCAAAGAACGACGGAGACAGGACUUGGAUUCGUUAUGAUUUCAUUAUAUACUUGUUCACUAGUAGGUUAUUAAAUAAUAAGAAUGAUGUUUAAUGCAUGUGGUAGAUACUCCUGGCUGUAGUUCGCGUCGCAGGCAUACUCCUUAAAAGGCAACUUUUUUUCC